AUGAUAAGCCCCACCUCUGCCGCGCGCAACAUUGUGCGCGGAUUUCCUGGCACGCCUGCCACCUCUGGUGAUGAGGAUUCUGACUGUGGAGGGGCCGUCGGUCGGGUCACGCUUCCCCAGGCUAAUCGACGCGGCCGUCACCGCAUCGACGACGUCGUCAGCGCCAACUGUAGUCCCGUCAUGCGUCCCACGCCCUCGCCGAGCGUCUCUGGCAUCGCAAAGCUUCGCAUGCAAAUGGACCCUCUCAGCCUCGAUGCCGCAUCGCGCUCCAGCUCGGCCACGCGUUUGGGACGACGAGUGCUAGAAUCCGGCUCCGCGUUGGGCCUUGAGCUCGAUAGCCGCUCCCAGAGCCGCGACGGCGCCCCGAGCGAAGCUGGUAGCGAGGGCUACGAGACGGCGUCGACCGAGUACGAGGUGAAUCUCGAGCACGACUUUGUCAGCGAGAGCCUGCGCGAUCGCUCGGGCAUCAUGGAGGCGCUCGAAGGCGGCCUCCAUCCUCGUCGCAAGAUGACGGCCCAAGAGUUUGAACCCCUGCGUUGCCUGGGCCAGGGAACCUACGGCACCGUGCUUCUCGUCAAGCAGCGCGCCACUGGGAAGCUUUACGCGCAAAAGCAGCUCAAGAAGGCGUCGCUUGUUGUCCAUCGAAAGCUCGUCGAGCAGACCAAGACGGAGAGGCAGAUUCUCGAAUCUGUCAAUAGGCACCCCUUUGUUGUCAAGCUCUUUUACGCUUUCCAGGACCACGAGAAGCUCUACCUCAUUCUCGAGUACGGCCAGGGCGGCGAGCUCUUUACCCAUCUCAACACGGAAAAGAUGUUCUCCGAGACCGAUGCCGCCUUUUACAUGGCGGAAAUGCUGCUCGCCAUUUCGCACCUGCACACCAACCUCGGUGUAGUAUACCGCGACCUCAAGCCGGAAAACUGCCUCUUGGACGCCGAUGGCCAUCUCUUGCUCACCGACUUUGGCCUUUCCAAGGUCAGCGCCGAGGAAUCCAGCGAGAGCUGCCACUCGUUCCUCGGCACCAUCGAGUACAUGGCACCCGAGGUUAUCUUGGGCAAAAAGUACGGCAAAGCCGUCGACUGGUGGUCUUUUGGCGCCCUCGGCUACGACCUCAUGACGGGCAACCCGCCCUUUCGCGGUCAGAACCACGCCAAGAUCCAGGACAAUAUUGUCAAGCAGAAGCUGUCGCUGCCCUACUUUCUCAGCGCCGACGCCAAAGACAUGCUCACGCGCCUCCUGCGCAAGGACCCGCACAAGCGUCUCGGCUCCAAUAUGCCCAAGGACUUGCAGACGCUCAAGGGCCACCGCUUCUUUCGCAAGAUUGACUGGAAGCGCCUCGCUGCUCGCGACCUCGAGCCGCCCAUCCAGCCCAUGAUUACCGACCCGGAGCUCGCCGAGAACUUUGCCCCCGAGUUUACGGACCUUGCCCUCAGCCCCUCCCUCACCGCCGUCAAGGAGCCCUGGGCCAUUCCAGCUUCCUCCAAGGACGAUGUCUUUGGCGGCUUCAGCUUCGUCGCCUCGUCUAGCCUCCUUGAGGCGCACGCUUUUCCCAUGGCGAGCGGCGUGCCUGGCGCUUGA